AAGAUUGUGACCUUUUGUGUAUCAAUUAUUGAGCUAGAUUUGACGAUAUUUUAGGAUGGAUUUAAUUGUUUCACCGUAGAUCAUCAUGUUAUAGAACUCAGCUAUACAUAUGUGAAAAGUAUGGCGAAGAAAACUCGCCAGAAGCCAUAAUAUAGGACAUUUUCAAAGGAAUAGUCGACGAGCAGAAGUUCAAGGCUGCUUGGUCGAGUUAUUUUUUUUUUCACAUUGGAAACGACAAUAUAUUUCUGAUAAAAUAUGGUACAUGUCGUUUUUAGUAAGUUUUUGCGUGUCCCAACAUUAUUACCAAUCCGUUUACCUGUGUGCUUAAAAGCCAGAGCUCGGGGAAUGUCCUCAGUGCUGGCGGAUGCUACCACGAUAUGACUAUAAUCGUGUUUGUGACCGUACUGAUUUCAUUCAUUACUUCGGAAGUUGAAUAUAUAAUGCACGAACUGGGUGAAGAACAAUAUUCUAGACAUAUUAUUUAGGUUACUACCAUUCUAAACAUACAAGCUACAUAAAAUGGAUACUCUACGCCCACCGUUUAUUAUGAAGAUUGUAUUUGUGUGGAUAUUUAUCAUAUUAAAAUACGUCAGUUCAAAGGAAGACGUAGCUUGUACAAGUAAAGAUAUUCGUAACGAUGUUGACAACUUGAGGGAAUUAGAGAAUUGUACCACUAUAGAAGGAUACUUGCACAUCACAUUAAUAGAACGAGGUGUGGAAGCAGAUUUUGAAAAAUAUCAAUUCCCGAAGCUGGUUGAAAUCAGCGGUCAUUUACUGCUUUACAGAGUUAGUGGAUUGAAAACGUUAAGACGCAUAUUUCCGAAUUUAGCAGUCAUUCGAGGUCAGGAGUUAUUUCAUAACUAUGCUUUAACUGCAUAUGAAAUGCAAGACCUUGAAGAAUUAGGUCUUGUCAGUUUAACCGCCAUUAAGAGAGGAGCCGUCCGAUUGGAAAAAAAUUCAAAACUUUGUUAUGUUGACACAAUUGAUUGGGCCAAAUUGAUUGAUAGUAAGGAACCAAAAGAUAAUGUCUUCAUUGAAAAUAAAGAUGAACAAGAAUGUGUGAAUAUCUGCCCUGACAGCUGUGAAAGAUCUAAAGUUGAUGGGAAACUUGCAAAGCGUUGUUGGAGUUCAAGUGACUGUCAAAAAGGCAUGAGCUGUGCUUCUAAAUGUGGAGCUGGUAAUUUUUGUAAUUCUGUAAAUGGUGAAUGUUGUGAUGGCUACUGUAUUGGAGGUUGUACGGGACCGAGUAAAGCUGACUGCUUAGCCUGUAAAGAAGUACUGUAUAAAAAUCAGUGUGAACCACGUUGUGGACCAGGAACAUAUAAGUACAUGGAAAGACGUUGUUUAGAAGAUAAACAGUGUAUCAAUAUGGAAAGACGUAUUGGCAAAGAAGAAUGGAAAAUUCUUCGCCGUCAAGCAGGACAAGAAGGAGAAUGUGUAGAAGAAUGUCCAAAAGGUUUUACUAAAAAUGAUUCUAGUGGAAUUAGUGAAUGUUCCAGAUGUUCUGCCCAUUGUCCAAAAGUGUGUACAGGCCGUGUAAUUGACAGCAUUGAUUCAGCUCAAACAUUAAAGGGCUGUACUACGAUAACUGGACCACUAGAGAUAGAAGUUGAUGGCGGAAGUCAUAUUGUUAUGGAGCUAGAAGAGAGCUUAGGAUAUGUUGAGGAAGUUACCCAUUACAUUAAAGUCACAAGAUCCUAUCCAAUUCUCUCUCUUCAUUUCUUUAAAAAUUUAAAGGUCAUCCGAGGCGAGAAACUAGAUCAGUCACACUAUAGCUUGAAUAUAUUUGACAAUCCAAAUCUUCAAGAACUGUUUACACCAGAGGUUUCCAAGAAUCUGAAAAUUAUCAAUGGUCAAGCUAAAUUUAAUUUUAAUCGCAAAUUGUGUUUUCAUAAAAUCAAGGAGUUUUUAAAGAAUGUUGGAUUGUAUAAAGAAGGAAGUGAAAUGGCUGACGUUGAAAGUACAAAUGGUGAUUCUAUUCCAUGCGAAGUUACCAAGAUUAAUCUGAGUGUUAUAAACUUAACCCCAGACUUCGCUCAUUUACAGUGGGAGAAGUUUAAAGGACAGGAUGAACGGAAAUUACUCAGUUAUGUUGUUCAUUACAGAGAGGUGAAAUCUAAGAAUAUAAACAUAUUUCAAGGAAGAGAUGCUUGUUCUGAAUCUGUAUGGAAGACAAAAGAAGUGGAAGCAGAAAAGAGCGGUCCUCCGCAGGAAGUCUUGACCAAUCUAACACCCUGGACUCUGUAUGCUGCCUACAUUCAAACCUAUACAAUUGGAGGUGCUAGCAAAACUGCUAUAUCAAACGUCACCUACUUCAGAACACUGGCAACAAAUCCAACGGGUCCAGUCAAUUUACAAGUCGAUGCUGAAAUUGAGGGAGAGCUGCAUGUUAGAUGGAAACCACCAAAAUUUCCAAAUGGCAAUGUAACAUUUUACAAGGUGUACUGGCAACGGCAGAUGCUGAAAAGAGAAGAAUUCGAUAAGAGAGAUUAUUGUAAAGAACCUUUAGACAUUGAUGAUGAUAAGAAAGUUAGUAGAGCUAAUGCUGAAGAACCAAAGAAGAAUAUAACACUACCGACCGGUGAUCAGUGUUGUCGAUGUCCAAAAUCUCGUAAAGAAUUAGAGGAAGAAGAAAGAAUUCGAUUGAAUGAAAUUGCCUUUGAAAAUGCAUUACAUGAUACAGUUUAUCAGAAAAGACCUUCAAGUGAGAUCCGUAAAAAACGUGAAGUACCAACACAAGCAGAUAUUGAAAAUGGUAAAGAGAAGUAUAUGAAAUAUGAUGUGCGUGAUGGUACCCAAGUAUUAGAUAAAAUGGUUUUAAAUGGUACCAAUAAUACUAAUCCAGAUAAUGAAACUAUAGAAAAUGAAAGGAAGGAGAUUAUUGUACGUUAUGCUACUGAAGUCAUUUUGCCAAAUCUGGGUCAUUCUCAACCAUAUUAUGUAGAGAUAUUAGCUUGUCUUGAUGAAAAGAAAAAUGGUCAAGAUAUGUGUACAGAUAUAGGUAAUAGUGCAAUAGCCAAUGCCAGAACCCUGCCUUCACCUACUGCUGAUACUAUAAAUAGUACAUCUAUAACUAGUCGUAAUAUCAAUAAAACAGUUGUAUUCAUAAACUGGGAAUCACCUGUAGCACCUAAUGGAUUAAUUAUCACGUUCGAAGUAGAAUAUCAGAAAAUAAGCAUGAAUGAUGAAUAUCGUACAAGACUGUGUAUUAAUUAUACUAAAUACAGAGCCUAUAAAGGUUAUAAACUAGAGAAACUGAGUCCUGGUAAUUACUCCUAUCAAAUACGAGCUACUUCAUUAGCUGGAAAUGGAUCAUGGACACCAAAGAGAUAUUUUUUUAUUCCAUCAACAGGCAUUGUAUCAUCAAUAAGUAAGAGUGUUAUAGCGGGUAUCUGUGUAGGAGUUUUUAUUAUACUCAUAUUAACUAUUCUUAUUGUCUGGUUUGCUGCCAAAAACAAAUUUGCCAAAGAUCCAGAGAUGACUAUCGUUUCACACAAUCCUAAUUAUCUACCUUCAGAAGAUGUGUAUAUACCAGAUGAAUGGGAAGUUGAUAGAGAUAAAAUUAAGUUAUUAAAAGAGAUUGGUGAAGGAUCAUUUGGUAUGGUGUGGGAAGGUUUAACUUCAGAUACAUGUAUACCACCGUAUAAAGAAAAUAUAGCAGUUGCUGUAAAGACUGUAAAUGAUCACGCUGGUGUCCAAGAUAAAAUGAAUUUCCUGAAAGAAGCAUCUAUUAUGAAGGCAUUUUCGUGUCAUCAUGUAGUAAAACUAUUGGGUGUUGUAUCUAAAGGACAACCAGCUCUUGUUAUAAUGGAAUUAAUGAAACAAGGUGAUCUCAAGAAUUAUCUACGCUGUCAUAGACCUGAUGUUGAGGAAAAUGAAGGAAAGCAACCACCCACUCUCAAGGAAAUAUUACAAAUGGCUGGAGAAAUAGCUGAUGGAAUGGCAUAUUUAGCUGAUAAAAAAUUUGUUCACAGAGAUUUAGCUGCAAGAAAUUGUAUGGUAGCUGAAGAUAAUACUGUUAAAAUUGGAGAUUUUGGUAUGACCAGAGAUAUCUAUAUGACAGAUUACUACAGAAAAGGUGGUAAAGGUCUUUUACCAGUCCGUUGGAUGGCACCAGAAUCAUUAAAAGAUGGAAUAUUUACAACUAUGUCAGAUGUUUGGUCUUAUGGAGUUGUUUUAUGGGAAAUGGCUACACUAGCAGCUCAGCCAUAUCAAGGUUUAUCAAAUGAAGAAGUUUUAAAAUACGUAUCGGAUGGAAAAUUCAUGGAAAAACCAGAAGGUUGUCCAGAUAAAUUAUAUGAGUUAAUGCUACAGUGCUGGUGUUAUAGAGACAGACAGAGACCAACAUUUAAACAAAUUAUAGAAAUGUUAGUUCCAGAUUUAAAUCCAAACUUUGAGCUAGUCUCGUAUUUCUUUAGCGAUGAAAAUAAACCUGAUGGACCUGAAUUUAAUGAUAUAGAAGAAAAUGAUUUGGAGAACAUUGAUAUUGAUACUUACGAUGGAGAUAUGGACGAUCAAAGUGAUUAUAAUCUUCAUGAUGAAUCAACAAUACCAUUUAUAGAACAUGACUUGCAUAACACAGAAUUAAACAAAUCUCCGUCACGAACAAUACGUGCCAGUACCUCGGGUCCGUGUGAAUGUGUUAUGCUGGAGGAAAUGGGUGAUUUACCCAAUGGACAUCGUACAAGUAAUUGCUCCAGUCCUAACAGUGCAAUAGGUAACAGUGACGGCAGUAAAGAAAGUAGUAAAAGUAGUGACGGCAGUUACACACAAAGAAAUGGUAUGCCAAAUGGUCAUAUACAUUUCAGACUUCCACAUACAACCCAAUGCUAGCGAUUGUUGAGUCAUGAUGUUGAUAAUUUAUGGUGUGUAAAGUGAAUCGUCAGUGUGUGUGUAUAAUCUAUCUAUUGAUGGACAUUGUGUGAAUUGUUUUUAUGUUAAAACAAAUGGAUUAUAUAUGGAUCUCAGCCUUCCUCUCUGUCAGUCAGUUAAACAUCCAACUAUUAAAACCUCAUCUUGUUUUCUGUGUUGUAUGUUUUGUUGCUAACUAAGACCAGCCAUUAAACGUUUGGUUUUGUGCGAGUGUGUGUGUGUGUGUGUGUGUGUGCGUGUGUUAUUUUGUUGUGAAUCUCUCUCUUCUCUCUUAUUCUUCAUUUCAUGUUAAUGUUUCAUUCGACCAACAGAAUUACAUUAAUGUAAUAUAUAGUCUAUAGUGCUCAUACAAUUAACAGACUGUGUGCUAUAUUGACUGUUAAAUAUUUUAACUGAAGACCUGGCCAGAGUUGACCAAAGAUAAAGUGUACAAUAUUCAUUCAAAAAUGAGCACCAAAAUACAUUAAAGCAUGGUUAGUUUUGUUUGUUACAUUGUAAUAAAUGGGAAGGACUUCUUUGAUUUUAAUUUGCAAUGUACAUUAGAUAUACUAUUUAAAAUUAUACAUCCUAGGAAUUAGCCAACUAUGAUAUUGGCUGGAGGACUUUACAAAAGGUUCUAGUCGAAAUAUUACAAAGACUAAAGACUUCCUUAAAUACAACAUUUUAAUGGAAACAAACACUACUAUAGUAAUGUUCAUGCUUGUAUCAAUGAAGUCUUGUUUGUUUUGACAUAAAACAUUCAUGAACAUUGAUAUUAUUAAAUCAUUAUUUUUUAGUAAACCUCAGACUAUUUAAGUGCCAUCAAAUUUACGUCAUUUAUGAAUGUGUGAAUUUGUUCAUUAUCAUGUAGAAAUGUUUUAAGGAUGUGAUCCCGGUUAGAGAACACUAGACCAUAAAAUUUCACAGAUAGUCUUAGCUUGAAAUGAUGGGACCGAGACAGUCAAACUCUGGAUCAAACGUACAUGUUGUGCAAACAAGCUAUCAAACUGUGUUUCAUCCAAACGUAUAUAUUCUCAAUCUCUGCUUUAUUAACUGAAACGAAAUACAGUUACAAUGAAUUGACUUUUAAUUUCAUUUUUGGCUUCUUCUAUACAAUCUGAAAUAUGGAUGUAACCACAAUUUUGUUUUACUUGGGAGUUAAUGAUAACUAAAAAGAAAACCUCAUAUCUUGCAUAACCCAUUUUUACAUAACCAAUUGGUUACACAAAUUAACUUUUCAUAUUUGAAAAAACAAAAAAUAAAGGUUACGCAGAUCUUAAACCCAUCUGUUGUCUGGUUAUUGCCAAUGUCUGAAAUUUCACUGCUUGUACAUCGUAAAUGAAUCUUAAAUGUCUAUUUCUCUUAAAAUCUACAUAAAACAAAGCUAUUUGGAAAUUCUCAAAAUAGGCCUACAUUUGUAUCCAUAAUUUAUUGUUUGUAGACCAAUAUGUUGUAUCAGUAUUAUAAAAUCAUUGUUUACUGAUGAAAUACAUGUUUGCUAAAUUACUGAAUCAUGCUACUGAAUUAGCUGAAUAUUUAAAGUUCCACAAAUUUCUCUUUGUUAUGAAUAAACUUUACCAAAUUUCAGUAUUAGUCAAGGUAUCUGAGAUAAUCAAACGAGGCAAAUUCAACACUUUUAAAGUAGAGUUUUGGGUUGAAAGACCCUAAUAACAUUGCGAAUAAAUUUGAGAAAAUAUAAAAAAUGUAUUUAUUUAAUAAAGGUAAUUAUCUGCUAUGUUACUAUUAUAUUAGAAACAACAACUACGCACAAAAAAGUGUAUUUUAUGCUAAAACAAAUAAGUGCUAAACAUUUUACUGGUCACAUACUUAAAUCUACAUUUAUAAAUGUGAAUAUACAUGGGUUAUAAAAGCAUAAUAUCUUGCAUUUCGCACUGUAUUUCAAUUUAAUAGGGUUAAUACAUUUUAAAAAUAAUAUGAACUUAGCAGUUAGCAAGGUAUUUCCGAAAAUAAUAUUCUUUCAUUAGGAUUUAGGGGAAUACCCCAUUAUAAUUGACACUCAGAGGUUUGUGUUUUUAAACUGUCUUGUUUCUCAAUACGGAAAAGUACAUUUAUAUAUUUGAUUCUAGUUAAAUUAGCAAUUCUGGAACCUAGAGUCGUUUUUAAGUCUUAGAAUGGUUAAGGUAUGGAGAACCAAGAGAUUAGAAGAAUUUUGUAUGUACACAAUAUGUUCACAUUGUUAUCUGAUAAUGAUAUAAAUCUUGCCAAAUUGUAUUAAAUAUUUUUAAUUUUUGUCUAUUUUGUAGAAUGCUCGAUGUGUUUGUGUUAUAACAAAGCUAUAAUAACUUUUAAUCAUCUUUUUCAAGUCAAUCAGUUUUAUGUUAUAAAUAGGUACACUAUUCUUUUCGUCAGCAAAUUUUAUUUCAAUUUCAAUUGUGCACAUGUAAAUAUGUUAUGAAUAUAAUAAUAUACUGUCAUAAUGAAUGGUGAGAGAUAUGUAUAAUGUAAAAUCUAUAUAGUAAGCUAUAUUUUAUCUUUGUCUAUACUUGUAAAUUGUAUUAUAAACCUUUAAGAUAAUUUAUUGAGACAUGUUAUAGGAAAAAUGUUUUUAUAAUCGCUGUAGCCUAGAUGUACACUUCAUUACCGGUAAAUUGAUUUCCUACUGUAUGUUCACCACAAAAAAGUACAAAUUUACAUAUUUUUAUUUAAUUCCACAUCACUUUACAUUGUUUCUUAUUCAGUAUAAAAUUAAAAACCACAUACAACUUUAUUUUUUAUAGAUUAUUUAACAGUCAUGAAAUGAUCUUGUGAUCUUAAACAUACACUGACUCUUUAUGAAUGUUUAUGGUCACUGAUUAUGCACAAGUUUAUGUAGUGCUGGUUCUUCCAGUUUUCAUUGGACUGAAGUUUUCUCCACAUACACAUAAAAAAUCAACCAUCAAAAUUUGUCUUGAAUAUUGACAGGAGAAACCCACCCCUGCUUCAUACUGACACUCUCUUGAAAUAAAGUAUUAUUAACAGGAGACAAAUAUUUACCAAAUCUAAAAGUUUACGUCUAAUUUUCAGAAGAUUUACAAUAAAAAAAAAGUACACAAAUACUAUUAUAAUGGAACAUUUCAAAUAAAACAGACUAUUCAAUUUUAGAACAUCUUAUUUUAAGUAUCCUUAAUAAAUUAAUAAAAGAGUGAGUAAUUAAUUUUAAUUUUGUUAUGACAUUGUUUUACUGGAGAAAUUUGAUGAAAUAGUUAUAAUUGUUAAUGCUUGCUCCAUGUAAAUUAAAUGAAUUACUUGGGAAUAUGUUAUGUUUUUGUACAGAAUUUUUUUUUUUUUAAUUGGCAGUUAUUUUAGAUUGAACAUUCUUGUUAGGUUAUUUAUAAGUCAUAUCCCCUUUAUUUUUAUAGCCCUUUAUUUGAACCAACCUGAAGUUUAAGGUAGUAACUUAGAAAACAUGUAUAUAUUAGUUUUUCAAUCAAAGACAUAUGAUGUAGGUAAUAUAAAUGUUUAAAACCACUCAGUGUACAUAGCACAGUUUACAGAAGCUUUAGUUAUUUUAGUAAUGUUUUAAUCUAAAUUUUAACCACAUCUGUUGUUAAUGUGUGCAUAUCGCUUGAUUUUACCUCUAAAAAAACAUUCAUAAUUACUCCAAAGAUUUGUUUUAGAACUAUUUUAAAGUUAGAAAACCCCCUGCCAGCAACGUAUAUUUACAUUUCAAUUCUUUAUCUUAAUUAUGCUUUAUUUACAUUAUAUUGGGAAUUAGCAAUGCAAUAUAUCAAGGGGAUUCCCUUUUUGGAAUAAAGAUGCAAUCAGAGUGGUGGAUGACUUAACAGGACACAUUAAAUUCCAUUUUUAUGUCAUUUUGGGUAAUCAGAGAAUUACGAUUUCUGACAAUGAACAUUUUUUCUUUACCCCUCACAAAUUUAUGGAUAACUACUACUAGAUUAUUUAACUCUUCGAUUUUGUCUUUUUGAAGAAAACAAUGAUUGAUAAAGACAAUAGAAUUUUUGUCAAGAUGUCAGUUUAAUAAAUCUAGUAGUUGUUAUCUUUACAAUUUUGUGAUAAGCCAUGUAUCGCGAACAGAAUAAUUUUGUUGGGGCUGCUCUAACUUAAUGUAUUAAAAUUUAUGAAAAAAAAAUAUUUUAGGAAGCUUUCUAAAUAAUUUUUAGAAUAAAAAUAAAUCAUAGGCAAAUCAUGUUAAUUAUGAGGAUAACUAUUAGGAACUGGUUUACAUUGAUUGGUAUUGCUAUAAACUAAUGAUUAAUAACAAGGGAUUAUUCCUCUAAUAUCCAGGAUUAAAGUGACAUCAUGCAUGCUCCAUAUCAUCGAUAUUAUGGUUAUGUUUCACAGAUAAUUCACCUAGUCAAAUUUAACUAUUUUAGAACAAUCUUUAGGGGGGGAAAAAACGCCUAUCUAAAAUUAUAAUUAAAAAUGGUGGGCCUCUAUUUCAAAACUAUUUGCUCAAGUCUUCCUUUCGAUCACAAAUCAUUAUUCACAUUUUCUGUACAUGUAUAUUUUCUUUUAUGAUGUCUUGUCAAUCAUUAACCAAAUUGGUCUUAUCAAAUCAUAUAUCAUAUGGAUAUUUUGUCUUUAUAUUUAUUUCAAUUCCGUUUAAUAACAUAGAUAAGAUGUUUCACAACCACAUUAUAGUUACAAGCUCGCAUUAAGUGUGUUUUAAACAUGUAUGCAUAUUUUGGAAUCAGCCUGGGUUUUUUUGGUUUGUUUUUUAAUAAUAUAAAUUGUAUUAUUGUAAAUGUAACAAAAAUGAUAGUUUUCUAUUGAAGCAAAUGUUAGACAAUAACAUAGAUGUAUUUGGCAAGACUUUUCUAGGUUCAAUAAUUAUAUUGAUUGAAACUACAUAUUUACCACAAUAAUUAAUUUGGAUUGACAAAACAAACAUUUUUAUUUCAUGAAAUCAAUAGUUCAAUCUGCUUUCUCACAAUUUUCCAAACCACACCUUAUUUUAUGAUUUUAAUAACCACAACCUAGAAGAUAAAUAAAGGUAUUAAUGCAGGCAGUAACAUAAAUAUUAUCAUUUGUUAUUACUUCUACUCUCCUCAUUCUGCCUAAUAUCACAUUCAAAAAAAUGUUUACAUUAGAUACAAGUGAUAUUUAUCAUUAGAACUGUGUAAAAUAUCCGGGUAACAUAUUUGAGUAUGGUAAUCCUGGAGUUAAUAGGAUUACAAAAUCAAUUUUGUGGCCUAUAUUCAUUCAUUCAGCACAAAUGAAUAUUUUUUAGAACUAUAUGUGAUAAAUCUAUAGAAGCUAUUUAUAUUGUAACAUUUUUUUUUAGAAAUAUGUAUUUUAUAUAAUUAUAUUAUAUAUACCAUUUCUAUCACACUUAUAUUAACAGGCUUUCUUGUUGUCAUGACAACCACAUUUUACAGCUUAUAAAACAGACAAUCUAGUUCUAGAUUUUUUGUGAUACUUUGUUUUAAUAUGUUUAGUUUUUCAUUGUAUUAUAUGUCCAUCUCUCACCUGUUAAAUGCUGUCAAUAUGUGUACUAACCAGUGAAUGGUUGUACAGAAUCAGCCAAUGAUUUCAUUGUAAAUAUAGACAAUUAUUAAUGUAUUUAUGUAUAUAAAAUCCAGUUGUAGAUGUCACAA